UUGCCGAAAACUAUCGAUAGUUGCAGGGAAAAACAUCGGAAUUUCCAAGUGUCAAUAGUAUCGAGUAAACAUCGACGUGUGUGCAUGAGUGUGGGAAUUUAUUAAACAAAACCGAAACGCAAACUAUAUUUAUGUAAUAAACGGAACGCCGCAACGCUAAAGAGUUAUGAGUAGUCUACGGCAAGAACGGACUUUUUAGACGAAAGCACCUAUUAAUCGAUUAGCAUAAAAGUGCUGCAGCUCAAUCAAUUGAUUCGUUUUGCUCAACCAAAAACAAAAUAUAUUCCUAUUCCAAAUCGCUGCAAUAGUUGCUCUUUCGCCGAAAAGUAAAAUCAAAUAAAAAACACAACGCUCACACAUACACACAUAAACCUGUGCAAGACAACAAAAAAGAAGAAGAGCAGACGCUAGCUAUAUAGAAAGCAAAAAGUGUGGAGAAAACCCUUCUCCCUGAACGAAGGGGCAACAAAACUAAUCGACAUAUAAUUAGUGGAGCGCAAAAAGACCGCGUAAAAUUUAGAGAAAAACUUUUUUCUCAAAAAAAAAAUAGAAGCCUUGUUAUCGAUUUUAUUCGGAGGUGUAUAUGUGUGAAGCGCGCCCGCGUGCGGUUGUGUGUGUGAGUGUGUGCGUGCUCUCCGCGCGUUAUCAAAAACAACAACAAUUGGUUGCAAAAGGAGAAAUAAAGAAGAAGAAAAGAAACUUUUAGCCGGUUGCAAAUCGUGCUAUCUCGUUCGCACCGCGGUCAAUCGCGGGUCAUAGUUCAUUAUUUCAAAUGAUUUCGCUGCUGCAAAUGAAAUUCCAUGCGCUUUUGUUGUUGCUAUCAAAAGUCUGGACAUGCAUCUGUUUCAUGUUCAAUCGCCAAGUGCGAGCUUUUAUCCAGUAUCAACCGGUUAAAUAUGAACUCUUCCCGCUGUCACCCGUCUCGCGCCACCGCCUGAGCCUGGUACAGCGGAAGACCCUCGUUCUGGACUUGGAUGAAACGCUGAUCCACUCCCAUCACAAUGCGAUGCCCCGGAAUACGGUGAAGCCGGGCACGCCGCACGAUUUCACCGUAAAAGUGACAAUCGAUCGGAAUCCAGUACGCUUCUUCGUGCACAAGCGACCGCAUGUGGACUAUUUCCUGGACGUGGUAUCGCAGUGGUACGAUCUAGUAGUUUUCACGGCCAGUAUGGAGAUCUACGGGGCCGCGGUGGCGGACAAGCUGGACAAUGGCCGGAACAUCCUCCGGAGACGAUACUACAGACAACAUUGCACGCCCGACUAUGGAUCCUAUACCAAAGACCUGUCCGCCAUCUGCAGUGAUUUAAAUAGGAUAUUUAUUAUUGACAACUCGCCCGGUGCCUAUCGCUGUUUCCCCAACAAUGCCAUACCCAUCAAGAGUUGGUUCUCGGAUCCAAUGGACACGGCGCUGCUGUCGCUACUACCCAUGCUGGAUGCCCUCCGGUUUACAAACGACGUGAGAUCGGUGCUCUCCAGGAAUUUGCAUCUGCACCGCCUCUGGUAGCAGGUGGGCCGCCUGUCGCUAGUGUAGUCUAUAUAUUUAGGAGGAACAACGUAAGCCAGCGAUCUGGGGAUGAUACCUUCUGAAAUUAACAACAAACAUGGUGGUGCUGUGACACAUUAACGAAUUUUUUCAUUAUUUUUAUGUUUAGCAUUCAGUCAGAUGAGCAAAGGGAAACACAGAUAAUAGGGAAAGGGAGGAGAUAUUUGGAUUUCUGGAGAUCUGUUUUUUUUUCGUUUGUGUAUUAAGAUUAACAUUUUUUUUUUAAAUCAAAUUAAAAGGCAUAUGUGUCCAUAUACAUAUGUAGGUCAGAUAUAUUGAAAAAUUUUCUGAACAUUUUGUUUUUGUUCCUUGUGCAUGUAUAUUUUGAUUAUGAUAUCAAAUGGAAGCUCUUGAACACAGUAUAUAUAUAUAUAUGAACAUGAAGAAAGUGAAGUAAAAAGAUUAAGAACAAAUUUUGUCAAGUUAUAUAUCAUAUUAUUAUAAAUUAAAUCUAAGGCCACUUACAACCAGAGUCUUGUAAUUUCUAUACCAUGAUGACAAUUAAUUAUUAUAAAACAAAAAUUGUUUUUUAUGAUCAUAGCAAGAUGAAGCAAAAUACUUAUAAUUAUAUAAAUUAGUUGAUUACGAAACUUUCCUGGACAUCAUUAUUAUGGAUAAUUAUUAAAUGUAACCAUUUGUGUAUAGACUUAUA